AUGCCCUUGUCUCAAGAGACCGACGCAUUGUUAGGGGGCGAGCAGCCGCCGCCGCGGCGAUCGCGCCAUCUCUCCCAAUAUUUACACAAUGAGCUUGACCCACGCUACGGAGACUGGGUAUUGCUAUUCUGCUAUAUCAUUACCGGUCUACUCGACAGCUCGGCGGUUUUUAUAUGGGGCUCCUUUGUCAGCAUGCAGACCGGGAACACCGUCUAUUUUGGCCUUGGGCUAGCUGGUAGUGAUGAUGAUCGAUGGAUCAAGUCCGGUACCUCCAUCGCGGGUUUCUGUUUCGGGUCCCUCUGUUUCGCCGCUUUCCAUCGUGCUUUUGCGCCACGACAACGCUGGGUGCUGUGUGCAUCCUUCCUUGUGCAACUGAUCUGUGUCGUUGGCGCGGCUUUGAUUGUCACUCUCUACCGCCCCGCCCGUGAUGACCCUUUAAGCUGGUUGGUACUGGUGCCCAUUGGGUUGAUAGCAUUCCAGAGUAGCGGACAAGCCGUGGCAAGUCGCGUCUUGAAUUACAACGGCCUUACGAGCGUUGUUCUUACGAGCAUCUACUGCGACUUCUUUUCUCAUCCAGACUUUCUGUCCUCUAAGGUGAUCGCUCAUGCCGAAGAGAUGCGCCGAGCCGGCGCGAUCCUUUGUCUUCUAUUCGGGACCGUGUUAGGUGGACUAUGGGCGCAUAGCUCGAUCGGUAUGAUGGGAGCCCUCUGGACAGCCGCCAUUCUGAAGGGAAUGAUUGUGAUGGCGUGGUCCGGAUGGAAGGCCAAAGAGAGUAAUUUAGGUGGUGAAUGA